CAGGGGAGCAGGCAGGGAAGCAGGCAGGGGAGCAGGGAGAGGAGCAGGCAGAGGAGCAGGCAGGGGAGCAGGGAGAGAAAAAGGCAGGGGAGCAGGCAGGGGAGCAGGCAGGGGAGCAGGCAGCAGGUGAAACCACCGCCCGGUCCGGGAGGUAUCGGGGCCACCAUGGACCGGGGGGGGACCCUGGAAAGCGGCUUCUAAAGGGGGACACCCCCCCCUUCCCUUCUGGCUAACGCUCCUCACUUAAAAAGAAAAGAGGGAAAUAAAGAAGAAGAAGAAGAAGAUACAUAUCUAUUCAUACAAAUCCCACCCAAACCCUCCCUAAAUUUCAGCUCCGGCGAGGGCGGGCGGCACCGGCUGGAAAAAAUGCAUCUCCCUCGGAGCUGCAUCGUCCUCUUCAUCCAGGGGAGCAUCAGUCUGCUGGUGAUCUGUGGCCAAGAAGAAGCAGGGCAAGGUGCAGAGCAACGUGAACCCAAGACCCAGGAGGGAGCUCAGGUGCAGAAGACCCGUGAGCUGCUCUCUCCAAAACCCCUGUUAACUCCAACCUUACUGCAGAACAUGACCCUCUUGGAGCUGGUGAGCAGCUCAUGGGAGUUAUGGGAUAUCCUGGACAACCUCCCCAAGCAGGACCAGGCUCCACAUUCCAGAGGACAGAGGGACCUGGGGUCAGCUCCAGGCAAGCUUAAAAAAAUUUUUGGCUGGGGAGAUUUCUAUUCCAACAUCAAGACAGUGAAGCUGAACCUCUUGAUCACCGGAAAGGUGGUUGACCACGGCAACGGCACAGUCAACGUCUUCUUCAGACACAACUCUACUGGGCAAGGGAACAUCUCUGUCAGCCUCGUCCCUCCCACCAAGGCAGUGGAGUUCGACCUGGAGCAACAGAUCUUCAUUGAGGCCAAAGAAUCCAAGAUCUUCAACUGCCGGGUGGAGUACGAGAAGGUGGAUCGUGCCAAGAAGACCACGCUCUGCACUUACGACCCAUCCAAGACCUGCUACCACGAGCACACCCAAAGCCACGUCUCCUGGGUCUGCUCCAAGCCCUUCAAAGUCAUCUGCAUCUACAUCACCUUCUACAGCAUAGACUACAGGCUGGUGCAGAAGGUGUGUCCCGACUACAACUACCACAGCGACGUACCCUACUACCCCUCAGGAUGAAGAUCUCAUCUCAGGAGGACCCCGGUGACAAGAGGGCACUGGGAGGGCAGGGAGGGGGGGUGACAGGGACAAUUUUGUAAGCAGGGGUGGGGAGCAGCCGUCCCUAGAAACCAGGAGCUAAGGAAGGAAAAGGGUGAUUUUUUCCGUUUUCCCCCAAAACUCCAAAGUCAAGAGGAGGAACUUCAGGCUUUGGGGGACCAGCACCACUAAACCCGGCCUGGAUCCGUGGUCUUUAGAGACUGGUGUGAGGAGGCAGGGUGUGAAUCUGGGAUCCAGAAAACAGGAUGUAAAACCACCAUCAGGACUCGUGUUCCUCCUUGCAAGAAUGGACUGGCCUGGGUUUAGGCCACAAAGGUUGGUGAGCAGGCACAGAGGGCUCCAGAAGCAGGUUCACACAGCCUGGAGCCAGGGGAAGACCUCGGGGUGGGGAGGUGGUGGGGAGGCAGGCACCUGAUGCUCUCCAUGACUGCAGAACAUCCAGGGGAAACUGCAACAUCUCCCCCACAUCCAAGCUCUGCAGCAGUGGGAGCUGGAGCCGAGUUUGGUGGGAGCUGGAGCUGAGCUUUCCCACCUUGGGAUGCAAAGGGCUGGAAAAGGGGAGGUGGGACAGUUGGGAGGGCAGGG